AUGGCAGACUCCUUGACAGGAGAGCAAAUCCAGGCUUUGGCCAAUGCUCUCCCUCCUCUAACGCCAAAAGAUCUAGGUCCCGUCGUCCAAGGCUUCGCACUAGCUUUUGGAAUCACUAGUGUCAUAGUCGUGACGCUCCGCAUCUAUGUCCGCGCUGGCUUGUCUGAUGUCUCGCCACAACUUCUUGGUCCGGAAGACUAUCUAUCUGUUCUAUCAGCUCUCCUCUUCAUACCCGCAAUCGUCUUCUCUGUUCUCACAACACGCUACGGAGUCGGAUCGCACGAUGUUAAUAUCCCGAACCCGCUAUACCUUAUCCGAGCCACCGAAUACCAAACGUACUGGGAAGUCCUGUACUUCAUAUCAUCGACGAUAAUAAAAUGCGCGAUUGGCCUCACCUGUAUACGACUCGACUCCCGAAAGCGCGUCGUUUAUCCGAUAUUCAUUAACAUGGCGGUCAUGAUCACCAUAACGAUUCUUGCAUUGGUAUACGUCUUUGCGAACUGCACGCCAUUCGCUGCAACAUGGAAUCCGGCACUAGGAACGUGCCAGAAGAAGAUUAGUUUGCAGGUGGUCAGCUACAUCGUUUCAGCCUUCCAAAUGGCAACGGAUUGGGCAUGUGCGAUAAUACCGUGCUUCAUCGUAGCUGGGCUACAGAUGUCGAGACGCAGAAAGAUAUCUGUGAUUGCCAUUCUUGGUCUUGGUGUUUCAGCCAGCGUUGCUACCUGCGUCCGGAUGCCGUACCUAAAGUAUUACGAUGUCGUCAAGUACCCAGACGAGAUAGCUUAUCAUCUCGCCGUCAUCAGUAUCACCUCGAACGUCGAAUGCUGUCUAGGCAUCAUCGCAUGCUCAUUGCCUCCACUGCGGAAGUUAUUCAGAUUUUACUACGGCUCUUCUCGCGAUAACUACCAAAUCACAGACGAGAGCGCAACUCCCUUUGACGGCUCCAAUCAUGGUAUCAGACUUAACCACAUGACAGGCCGUAAAGAGGACUUCCGUACUUCAGCACAACGCGGUCAAACGACUGUGACAGGAAAUGACACGGACGAAGAUAAUUCGAGUGCUAGAAGGAUUAUUCGCAAGACGGAGGUCAGUGUCAGUUCAUCUCAUGUCUAG